AUGUGGAAGAAGCUGCUGACGUCAGGUUCUCGGAUUCUCAGCUGGCAGAAGGGCUUGCCCGACUUAAAGAAGGUGACGGCUGCAGUACCGACAUUUAUCGCAAGAUGGCAGCAUUCCGAGCUCGAGCCAGUCCAUGGGCAAGGUCCAGUGUCAUAUGGGAGUCACGGUGAGAAGUUCCUUCCUUACGCCCGAGUGUGGGGGUCCCCGUCGGAGCGUCUGAUGCCUCGGCUCCUCGACAUACGAAACGGACAGAAGGUCCAGCCGACUUUCUCGGUGGAGGAACUCCAGCGGAGACUCAACCUGCUGCGCACCUUCAUGAUCAGCAACGAAGUAGACGCCGUCCUCUUCACGUCCUACCAUAACAUCAACUACUACAGCGACUUUCUGUACACCUCAUUCGGCAGGGACUACGGGCUGGUCGUCACCAUGGACAAAGUGCUCACCAUAUCCGCAAAGGUUGACGGCGGCCAACCCUGGAGAAGGACGCAGAUCGGCGACAACGUCGUCUACACCGACUGGCAGCCAGACAACUUCUACCACGCGGUCCGAGUGGAGCUAGCGGGGCGAGGCUUCAGGACGCUGGGCGUGGAGCUCGACCACUUGUCACAGGACCGUUUCGCCAGGCUGAAGCUCGCCAUCCCCGACAUGCAGAUAACAGACAUAGGGAGGGCCACCAUGCCACUGCGCGUGAAGAAAUCGGACGAGGAAAUCGCGCUUAUCAAAGAAGGCGCCCGUAUUGCUGACCUGGGCGGCUGGGCUGUAGUGGAGGCGCUAGAAGAGGGCGUGCCUGAGUACGAGCUGGCGAUCCACGCUGCCAACGUCAUGACGAGGGAAGUGGCCAGGACCUACCCGCACAGCGAACUCAUGAAUACCUGGGCCUGGGUCCAGUCAGGGAUCAACACUGACGGGGGACACAACCCUGUGACGUCACGGCGCGUGCGCAGUGGGGACAUCUUGUCAGUGAACACCUUCCCAAUGAUUGCUGGCUGGCAGAAGGGUUCGCCCGACUUAAAGAAGGUGACGGCUGCAGUACCGGCAGUUAUCGCAAGAUGGCAGCAUUCCGAGCUCGAGUCAGUCCAUGGGCAAGGUCCAGUGUCAUAUGGGAGUCACGGGUCCCCGUCGGAGCGUCUGAUGCCUCGGCUCCUCGACAUACGAAACGGACAGAAGGUCCAGCCGACCUUCUCGGUGGAGGAACUCCAGCGGAGACUCAACCUGCUGCGUACCUUCAUGAUCAGCAACGAAGUAGACGCCGUCCUCUUCACAUCCUACCAUAACAUCAACUACUACAGCGACUUUAUGUACAACUCAUUCGGCAGGGACUACGGGCUGGUCGUCACCAUGGACAAAGUGCUCACCAUAUCCGCAAAGGUUGACGGCGGCCAACCCUGGAGAAGGACGCAGAUCGGGGACAACGUCGUCUACACCGACUGGCAGCCAGACAACUUCUACCACGCGGUCCGAGUGGAGCUAGCGGGGCGAGGCUUCAGGACGCUGGGCGUGGAGCUCGACCACUUGUCACAGGACCGUUUCGCCAGGCUGCAGCUCGCCGUCCCCGACAUGCAGAUAACAGACAUAGGGAAGGCCUCCAUGCCAUUACGCGUAAAGAAAUCGGACGAGGAAAUCGCGCUUAUCAAAGAAGGCGCCCGAAUUGCGGACCUGGGCGGCUGGGCUGUAGUGGAGGCGCUUGAAGAGGGCGUGCCUGAGUACGAGCUGGCGAUCCACGCUGCCAACGCCAUGACGAGGGAAGUGGCCAGGACCUACCCGCACAGCGAACUCAUGAAUACCUGGGCCUGGGUUCAGUCAGGGAUCAACACUGACGGGGGACACAACCCUCUGACGUCACGGCGCGUGCGCAGUGGGGACAUCUUGUCAGUGAACACCUUCCCAAUGAUUGCUGGGUACUACGCCGCCCUGGAGAGGACCAUGUUCCUGAACCACGCCUCAGACGCUCACCUCGCUCUCUGGGAGAUCAACUGUCAGGUCCACCGGCGGGGCCUGGAGCUGGUCCGCCCGGGAGUGCGCUGCUGUGACAUUGCCACCGAGCUGAACGAGAUGUACCGGCAACACGGGCUGCUGCAGUACCAUACCUUCGGCUACGGUCACUCAUUCGGCACCUUGUGUCACUACUUCGGCAGGGAAUCUGAGGUGGAGCUGCGUGAAGACGUCACCACCGUUCUCGAGCCCGGGAUGGUCAUCUCCAUGGAGCCGAUGAUCAUGAUCCCCGAGGGCAUGCCGGGAUCGGGGGCGUACCGGGAUCACGACAUCCUGGUGGUGACGGAGGACGGGACGGAGGACAUCACAGGCUUCCCGUCCGGUCCUGAGCACAACAUCAUCAAGAAGACUUAGCCAAGCCUGCUGUAUUUUUAGAAGGCUCCUAAAAAGAAUGUAAACAAAUAACAUGACCGCGA